AUUUUCCUUCCAUCUGGUUGCUCCAAGAGUCUGCGGAAAAGGACAGUUGAAUGCAGCCUCCGAUGUGCACAAAAGAAUGGGUUUCCAUUCAAGGUGGCCAUUGGUGGGACCUGCACCAGCGGCUCUGUGUCUGUGUGUGAUCAGCAUGCUCCUGGUGUGCCUGCUGCCUCCUGCAUCGUGCACAACCUGCCCUCAAAAAUGCCGCUGUGAGGACCUGCAGUUCUACUGCGACACCCAGGGGCUUCAAGCUCCCCCAGAUGGUGUGGACAAGGGGGCCCUGGGGUUGUCACUACGCCACAACAGCAUCACUGAGCUCAGCCCUGAUCAAUUCUAUGGCUUCAGCCAGCUCACCUGGCUACACCUAGACCACAAUCAGAUUACAACAGUACAAGAGGAUGCCUUUCAAGGGCUCUACAAGCUGAAGGACCUCAAUCUGAGCUCCAAUCGUAUCACCAAGUUGCCCAACACAACCUUCAUCCACCUCAUCAAUCUCCAGAUACUGGACCUGUCCUUCAAUCAGAUGACUGCACUGGAACCAGAACUGUUUCAUGGACUGAGGAAGCUCCAGAUACUCCACCUUCGCUCCAAUUUACUUCGCACCACACCUGUCCGAGCAUUCUGGGACUGCCGCAGCCUGGAAUAUCUGGGCCUCAGCAGCAACCGUCUACGGAGCCUGGCCCGGAAUGGAUUUGCUGGGCUCAUUAAGCUUAAAGAGCUCCACUUGGAGCACAAUCAGCUGACCAAGAUCAACUUGGCCCAUUUCCCUCGCCUUGUUGCUCUCCAGUUUCUUUAUCUGCAGUGGAAUAAAAUCAGCAACUUAACAUGUGGCAUGGAGUGGACCUGGACCACUUUAGAGAAGCUGGACCUCACGGGAAAUGAGAUUCGAGUCCUGACAUCUGAUGUGUUUCAAACGCUGCCAAAUUUAAAGAUUUUGCUGCUGGAUAACAACAAACUGAGCAGUCUGGAUCCCCAAGUCAUGGAUAUGUGGCAGUCUCUGGGUACCAUUGGGCUGUCUAGCAACCUUUGGGAAUGUACCAAAAGGAUUUGCUCUCUGGCCACUUGGCUAAGCACCUUUAAGGGAAGGUGGGAACAUUCCAUUCUCUGCCAUAGUCCUGAAUAUGCCCAAGGUGAGGAGAUACUGGAUGCUGUCUAUGGAUUCCAGCUUUGCCAGAAUUUUUCAGCGCCGGUUGUUCAGACCAUUAGUACAACCACAGACGCUACUGUAGCUGCAGAGUUCACAAGCUCUUUGUUUGGAAUUAUGCAGCCGACCCCCACGCAGGACUAUGCAGAGGAUUUUGGGAGCUUUACCACAGUCACCACUACAACAACCACAACAACAACACCACGCACUGCUCAAGCAACUACUGCUACAUUAGAAGAGGCAGCUGUAACGGAGGACUUCUCUGCAAUGGACAACACUGUUAUGACUCACAGGGUCAUCAUUGGAACUAUGGCCCUUCUAUUUUCAUUCUUUUUCAUCAUUUUCGUUGUGUAUAUCUCACGGAAGUGCUGCCCUCCCACCCUGCGCCGGAUACGCCACUGUUCGGCAAUUCAGAACCGCAGACAGAUGAGGACCCAGCAGCGGCAGCCUAUGGCAGAUCUAGCUACACAGGUACCCUAUAAUGAGUAUGAGCCCAGCCAUGAAGAAGGGGCACUCGUGAUCAUUAACGGCUACGGGCAGUGCAAGUGUCAGCAACUGCCUUACAAAGAGUGUGAAGUAUGA